AUGUGGGUCUAUAAACCAGCAUUUAAGCGAUGGAUGGCUUGGUGCAGAACUAAAGAAUUCAAUACGAAGUCUCGUAGAUCAGAAGAGGUGGCACAGUUCCUAGCUGACAUAUUUUUAAAAGAGGGUCUGGCAUACAGUACGAUUUUGGUACAAAAAUCAGCUGUAGCAACAUACUAUGGAAUGAAGGAUGACAUAUUCUCAAAUUUUCUCGUAAAACAGAUACAUAAAGCUAUCCAUAAUUCUAAACCAAAUUUUAAAUCGUCGGUGUGGGAUGUAAAGCAAGUAGUAGACUGGUUGAAGCAAAAUCCAAAAGGCGACUCAGUAUUUGAAAUUGUAAGAAGAACUGCAACUAUCCUGCUUUUGACAUCUGGUCGUAGAUUACAUGACUUGACGUUAUUGAGGAUUAAAAUACCGUAUUUUACUGACACUGGGCGAGAUAUCUGCUUGUGGCCAGUUUUCGGAGCUAAGACUGAUAAUGGUUCCAGGUGGCAGUCUGGUUAG